UCCCAUCUCAAAACCCUGGCUACAUCGACCGCUUUCCUACAGUUUCCCAUGCGAGUCUCAGGCUGACAUGAAGCACACAUGGUGGCCUGAGAGGAUAAUUGCAGCACAAAAUCAAUUCAUCGUCUAUGUUGCAGCAGAUAGAGGUAGAACUUGGGGCGGAAGAGGUUGUUAUCGUGAGCGAUACUAUUGGCGGAAUAGGAAAACAUUGGAUUAGAGCGGCAAGAAGGUCUUCUUAUAGCAGCUAGCUUAGCGAGCUUUCCAAGCUGCGACUUCAGAUCCCUUGAUCGGUCGUUGACUUCAAGGUAGUCUGACAACAUUCAUCAAAGCAGCUCCUAGUCAACAACGCGCGCAAGUAGCGACCCUUUCCAUUCAAGAUGUCGGUUCUGUCACGGAUUUCCGGUGGCAUCUUCGACGGCCUCUUCAGAAAAAAUGCUGCCUUCUUGACGAGCGUUUUCGCCGGCGCCUUCGCCUUCGAACUCGUUUUUGAAAAUGGCACGAAUGCCAUGUGGAAUAGCUGGAACAAGGGCCGACAAUGGAAAGACAUCAAGGCUAAAUAUAUUCAACACGACGAUGAAGAAGAGUGAUUCGAGCCUUGAAGCCGAGGAAGAUAGCCUCAGUUGGGGUCACAGAAUACGACUGGAUAGGCAGAGAUUAGGCAGUCACAAAGAUAUCCCGUCGACAUCAACUGC